GGCCGCGUCGGCGGGGGAGGUUGGAGCGACGCUGAGCUUGGGGCUCGCCGGCGGCCGCGGCGCCGGGGGGUGGUGAGGGCCGGGCGACCGCUCGCUCCGCGCUGCCUCGGUGCAGGGCGAGCGGCGGGCCUUUGCAGCGGCCACCGCCGCCGCCGCCGCGGGAGGAGGGGGCUGAGCUGGCUCCGGAGUUGGCCAAAGAAGGUGGGCAUUUCUCGCUUCUCCUCGCCUCCCCCGCCCCCUCCCGGGCUCCCCUCCCUCCUGCCCCGCACCCCACGUGAAGCCGAAUAUAAAGGGGGGUGUGUGACUGGAGGGGAAAAGUGAAUGGCGAAGGACUGAAGGGGUCCCCCCUCCGGUUCCUCAGCCACCUGGUUCACCCGCUUCAUCCUCCCUUCCCGAAGCUAGCCCUCGAAGGAAGGAGCAGCCGGCGCCUUCGGCAUAGGAGGAGGAGGAGGAGGAGGAGGCAUCGGAAUCGCGUCGGGCGGAGCUUCAGGUCCCGUUCGCCUCUCCGGCUUCUCCAUACAAAGAUUACGGUGCAGAAGGAAAUUGCACUCGCCUCCUCCGCCCCCCGGUACCCAUCACAAUGCACCAGCCGCCGGAGUCCGCCGCCGCGGCGGCCGCUGCUGCAGACAUUAGUGCUAGGAAGAUGGCGCACCCAGCAAUGUUCCCUCGAAGGGGCAGCGGUGGUGGCAGCGCCUCUCCACUCAAUGCAGCAGGUACCGGGGUCAGUGGUGCUGCCCCAUCUUCUGAGGAUUUUCCUCCUCCUUCGCUGCUCCAGCCGCCGCCUCCUGCUGCAUCUUCCACGCAGGGACCACAGCCUCCGCCUCCACAAAGCCUGAACCUCCUCACGCAGGCUCAGCUGCAGGCACAGCCUCUUGCGCCGGGCGGAACUCAGAUGAAAAAGAAAAGUGGCUUUCAGAUAACUAGCGUUACUCCGGCUCAGAUCUCUGCCAGCAUCAGCUCUAACAACAGCAUAGCAGAGGAUACCGAGAGCUAUGACGAUCUGGAUGAGUCGCACACGGAAGAUCUCUCUUCUUCUGAGAUCCUCGACGUCUCCCUCUCCAGGGCCACUGACUUAGGUGAGCCGGAACGCAGCUCCUCAGAAGAGACUCUGAAUAACUUCCAGGAAGCUGAGACGCCUGGGGCUGUCUCUCCCAACCAGCCCCACCUUCCUCAGCCUCAUUUGCCUCACCUUCCACCACAGAAUGUUGUGAUCAAUGGGAAUGCUCAUCCACACCACCUCCAUCACCACCAUCACAUCCAUCAUGGCCACCACCUUCACCAUGGACACCACCAUUCAUCCCAUGCUGUCGUGGCCGGCGCCCCCAUUCCUGGAGGGACACCCCCGAGCCCACUGUCCAGAAAACUCUCCACUGCUGGAAGCGCUGAUGGUGGCGUGCCAGCCGCACCGACUUCUGCCGUAUCAUCCAGCGGCUUACCCGCAUCACCUAUGACUAACAUCCGCGCCCCAACCACCACGGGCAGCAUAGGUAUAAGUCCCGUUGGCGGCGCGAGUGCAACGAGUAACGUUAACAUUGCUACCGUGGGUAGUUUCAGCCCCAGCGUGACGAGCAGCGUGCACGGUAAUGCUAAUAUAAGUACCAGCAACCCUCCUAAUGCUGCUGGCGUAAGUGUUGGGCCUGGAGUUACCAGCGGUGGCACCGUGAAUGUCAUGAGUGGCAUGGGCAAUGGUACUGUCUCUUCCUCUCCUGUUGCUAACAGUGUCCUUAACGCAGCCGCAGGUAUCGCUGUGGGAGCGGUUUCAAGUCAGCCACCGCCGCCGCAGCCGCCAGCAGUUAACACGUCCCGGUUCAGAGUCGUGAAGUUAGACUCUACUUCCGAACCCUUUAAAAAAGGUAGAUGGACUUGCACCGAGUUCUAUGAGAAAGACAACGCCUUGCCGGCUUCGGAAGGCGUGGCAGUCAGUAAAGCGGUGGAGGCCGUGAAACAGCCCCCCACGGAAGUGUCUUCGGAGAGGGAGAGCACCAGCGGGAGCUCCGUGAGCAGUAGCAUCAGCACCCUGAGUCACUACACGGAGAGUGUGGGCAGCGGAGAGAUGGGGGUCCCCGCCGCGGUGGCGCAGCAGCAGCCGCCACCGGCGCCGCCAGGCCUUCAAGCCGUGGCCCUCCAACAGAUCGACUUCAGUAGCCCCGGGCCUCAGAGUAUGGCAGCAGUUGGCGUGCCACAGAGUGCUUCUCAGUCCCAGAUGUCACAAGUACAGGAAUCGAGCUUCCAGCAGAGGCAAGGUCUUCAGCCUGUGCCUCUGCAAGCCGCCAUGAGUGCAGCAACGGGACUCCAGCCGUCACCUGUGAACGUGGUUGGUGUGACGUCAGCGGUUGGUCAACAGCCUUCCAUUUCCAGUUUGGCUCAGGCCCAACUGCCGUAUCCUCAGACAGCCCCUCCAGUGCAAACUCCUCUUCCAGGGGCACCACCCCAGCAGUUACCAUAUGGGCAACAGCAGCCAAUGGUUUCUACGCAGAUAGCCCCGGGCCACGGCCAGCCCGUGACUCCCAAUCCUACUUCCGAGUACAUACAGCAGCAGCCAGUCCUUCAAGCAGCCGCGAUGUCCUCCGGACAGUCCAGUUCUGCAGGCACGGGAGCAGGAACAUCGGUGAUUCCCGUGGCCCAGCCACAGGGGAUCCAGCUGCCAGUGCAGCCCACGGCAGUGCAAACCCAACCCGCAGGGGCCUCUGGGCAGCCCAUUGGCCAGGCUCAAGCAGCAGUGCCUGCUGUCCCGACUGGCGGUCAAAUUGCAACCAUGGGUCAACAGGCAAACAUGCCCACUGCAGUACAGCAGCCCUCCACCCAGGUCACACCUUCAGUUAUUCAGCAAGGUGCUCCUCCAUCUUCACAAAUAGUUCCACCUGCUCCAGCUGGGAUUAUUCAUCAGGGAGUUCAAACUAGUGCUUCGAGCCUUCCUCAGCAAUUGGUUAUUGCACCCCAGAGUACCUUGUUAACUGUGCCUCCCCCGCCACAGGGAGUAGAAACGGUGGCCCAAGGAGUUGUUGCCCAGCAGUUGCCCGCGGGUAGUCCGUUGCCCUCUGCUAGUAGUAUUUCUGUUACCAGUCAGGUUAGUUCAGCUGCUCCCCCUGGAAUGCCUUCCGCCCCAACAAACUUAGUUCCACCACAGAAUAUAGCACAACCCCCAGCCACCCAAAAUGGCAAUUUGGUUCAAAGUGUUAGCCAAUCUCCCUUGAUAGCCACUAACAUAAAUCUGCCUUUGGCACAACAGAUACCGCUAAGUUCUACUCAGUUCUCUACACAAUCAUUAGCUCAGGCCAUUGGAAGCCAAAUCGAAGAUGCCAGGCGCCCAGCGGAGCCCUCCUUAGUCGGCUUACCUCAGACUACCAGUGGUGACGGUGGGGGAAUGUCAGCAGUUUCAGAUGGGAGCAGCAGCCUAGCAGCCUCUGCUUCUCUCUUCCCGUUGAAGGUGCUACCGCUGACAACACCCCUGGUGGAUGGCGAGGAGGAGAGCUCUAUUUCAGUGCUUCUCUCCUCCCAGAGGUGCAAGGAGUGAUCCUAGAGCCACAGAUACAGCCAAGACCACGGAGAGCUUUUGACGGCAGGGCUCCACUUUCUCCACUGAACCCUUGGAGACAGAAUGUCCAGCUUCUGGAGAGAGUGGGAAAGGAUAAUAAACAAGUGGGUGCUUUCCAUUAUUUACUUGGGUUUAUCUAUAGAGUGGAGUGUCCUUCCGUUUUCACCCAUUUUAAUUCUGUUGGUAGCCCCUGUGGCUUCUUACAAGAGCCAGGCGGGACUGUAGUCUGUGUCUUUCCUGAGAGUACAAUCUGGUGCCCAUUCAAAAAACAAACCUAAGAUUUGUUUAAUAUUCUCUCCAUAUAGUCAGUGCAGUGGCUAAUCUGGGGCACACACACAAUUUGGUCCAUGCCUGUGUAGUUCCAUGAAGAAAGGCAGUCAUUUCCUGAUUUGGCCUUUAUUGUAGCAGUGGACUUGACAGAGUUCUUUUAGAGUCCAGAAAUUGAAGUUUCUCUGCUUCAUCUUUGGGUGAGUGGACACCUGAAGUCUCUAAAUGUAUACAGUUUGAAUGUCCAGGUGUCCCCGUGCCCUGUUAGUGAGGACUUUCUGGUUUUUUCCUACCUUAAAUGUUAGGCCUUCGUGUUCAGCCUCUUAAGAGAUGGAAAGAUAGUACCGUGUGGCUUUACUGUAAAUGUAGGCUUUAUUCCUUAGUAAAAUAAAUAUCAAUGAGUAUAAGUUUCAGGAUCUAAUGUCCCUGAAAACUAUAUUUAAUAUACUCAAAAGUAGUGUUCUGGUCCCUAGGGAUAUAAUUUAUGGCAAAAGAGCCUUUCAGUAGAUUUUCCCUAGGGCAUUAAGAUGGUUCUUUCUUAGUUUCUUUGAUGCCAAGGGUAGGGUGUAAGUUCUCACCGUCUGCAGUGGGUAGGAUGUGAAGUUGGUGCUUUGGCAAGUUUUCAUUGUUUCCUUGGUGGCUUCCUCCCGUGACUCCAGGUGUCUUGAUAAUUGGAGACCGGUUUACUUGUUGUCUAAUUGCCCAGAUUUCUUUCAACUGGUCAAACAUCAUACCUCUUCAGCAAAAGGAGUUCUUCUAGCAGAGCCCUCCUCCCUCACGGAUGACACCUGUCACUCAUGGCAGCACCUGCAGAGUGGAAGGCAGUGGUGAAUGGAUCCAUGCCCUCUGUCUAGAAGACACAAGGAUGAGCCAACCACCUGAGCUUGUUUCUCACAAACUUUUAACGUUUACUCUGGUUUACCUUUGGUCUGAAAUGGAAAGGCUCAAAUAAUGAAGUAAUCUUUUCAUUGGAGUUUUACAUGGCCAUGAAAAUACUUCUUAUCCUGAAGACUGAAAUAGAGGAAGCUUGAGAGUCUUCUUUCAAAGCAGCUCUCUGUAUAUGUUUUACUUAAAAGAUUUGUGGGACUGACAGUCACUUUAAUCAAACAGGCAACCCCCACUUUAAAAAGUAGCAUAAGAAAAAAUCACAUAAAGCUGAAUGAGCCCCCAACCACUUCUCCUUUUGUUACCAAUGCUUAAGGGGACUAGCAAGUAAAGGGUGAACCCAACUCUUCACGAGUUCGUUAGUGUUAGGAUGUACUCUUGGCUCAUCUCUGUCAGUCCUAAGUUGUAUUCUUACUGUAGUUUAUCAAGUCAAGAAAGUCAGAGACCUAGGAGUUCGGUCUGUGUUGCUAAGAAGUAAAUGCCUUGUUGGGUUUAUUCUGCACUAAAUGCAUUUUGACACUUGUAUGGUACAGAGCAGUUCAGAACAGAGGUAAUGAAGAGUCAGAUGAGCCUAUAGGUGUGAAUAGGCUUAAAGUAAUUAUCCAAAUUACCAAUUGGCAGUAGCUGCCUGUUUCUUCUUUUAGUUAUCUAGUAACUGGCGAGUCCAAGCUAUUAAGGAAAACCAACAUUCACUUGAUGCUGCCAGUGCUUUUUAAUUUGGAAUAACCUAAGAAAAGGAAUUAUAGAUUUUUAUAAUAAUAGAAGAACAACUGAAAUGUUAGGCUCUCAAAGUGUAAAGCUCAAUCUGCUAAGACAGAACCUACUUUUAGUCUUGGCUCUAAGAAAUAUUUCUUAAUUAUAAAUCAGUUUUGAAAAGUAUAGUGCUUAAAAGUAAAAUGUUAAAGAUAAUUUUCGACUGAAAAUUUCCCCCAUAUAAUCCUGAAUUCCCAUAGAAUGAUUACAGCUUUGUGUUCCUGGCUUAAUAAGAUAGUUCAUAAAUGCAUAUAAACAAACAAACAAGCAACCCAAAUUACCCAAUAUUUUAGGAAACUCAGAACUGAAAUUGAGAUUUGCCUAGAUACUCAGUUGCAUUUUUUAAACCUUGGUGCAAACCAUUUUAUGGCCUGAGUUUACUAGCCUUUUAUGUUAGCACUGAAGCUGGAAAGCAAUUUAACCUUGGAAUCUCAAGCUUUAAUUAAUUUCAGCUCUGUUCCUUAAAGUAUGCAAAAGAAAUGUAAGUGCAUUUCCAUCACCACAUGCACGGUGGCAAGCUAUUGCAAAGUGAAACUCUUUGUGUAUUACUGUGAACUAAUUUGUUUACAUUUUAAUUCUGAUGCAUUUUCUUUCAGAUUUUUAAAGAAUAAUUUCGUGUCAUACUAUGCAAUCCUAUAUCUCUUCCAUGUUUACUUUAUGAAUA